AUGGCCAACGACACAAACAAGCCCCAGUCAUGGCUGUCUAGCCUCUUCCGGACAUCAAAGUCUUCGGAAGCUGGUAUGUCCCCCGAUGAACGCACAUCACUUCUACCGCAAGCACACCACGAAGAAUGGUCCACUGGCGAGACAUAUGAGCUAGAGGAUGGAAAUGCCUCCAACUUCCAGCUCGUCUCGCGAGAGUUCUGGGUAGUAUUCAAAGGUUCAUUACCCGUAAUCGUUGCCUAUGCCCUCCAGAAUUCCCUUCAAACAAUCUCGGUUUUGAUCGUUGGACGUCUAUCGCCAGAAGCCCUUGCAACAGCUGCCUUUUCCUACAUGUUCGCGAUGGCUACCGGCUGGCUUAUUGCGCUAGGAGGCACAACGGCAAUCGACACACUCGCCUCAGCAAGCUUCACUGGAAGCAAGAACCGGCACGACUUGGGCAUUAUUCUCCAACGGGCGUUUAUUGUUUUAUCUCUAUUCUACAUACCUGUAGCCAUCCUUUGGUUCUGUUCCGCACCACUGUUCAAAGCCCUAGGACAGGAAGACUACAUCGCCCGCGAUUCAGCGAGGUUUCUCUCCGUCCUUGCACCUGGUGGACUUGGCUAUAUCUUUUUUGAGGCCUUGAAGAAGUACUUGCAAGCUCAAGAAAUCAUGCGGCCUGGAACCUAUGUCCUCCUGAUCACGUCGCCAUUAAGCGCGGGCCUCAACUACCUCUUCGUAUACACAUUCAAGAUGGGUCUGCUCGGUGCACCACUUGCGACCGGUAUAGCUUACUGGGCAUCGUUCCUUUUGCUUCUCGCUUAUGCACGUUUUGUGGACGGUUGGGAUUGCUGGGGCGGUUGGGACCGCAAGUGCUUCCAAAACAUGUGGACAUUCGCACGCCUCGCUUUCCUCGGUGUCAUCCACGUAGGCACAGAAUGGUGGGCUUUUGAGAUUGUCGCUCUGGUGGCAGGCAAGCUCGGAACAAUACCGCUGGCAGCGCAAAGUGUCAUUAUGACUACCGACCAAGUCAUGAACACAAUUCCGUUUGGUGUAGGAGUUGCAACAUCCUCGCGGGUGGGCAAUCUCUUGGGUGCGCGUAACGCAAAGGGCGCGGCACGAGCAGCAAACACUGCAGCUGUACUCAGCAUGCUACUAGGAGCUCUGGUCCUCGCUGUACUGAUGGGUGUCAAAGACUUCUACGCCAAAAUCUUCAACGACGAUGUCGAAGUCAUUCGGCUGACUGCUCAAGUCAUGCCAUAUGUCGCAUUGUUUCAGAUUGCAGAUGGUCUCAAUGGCAGCUGUGGCGGAGCACUCAGAGGAAUGGGCAGACAGCACAUUGGAGCCACCGUCAACAUUGUGAGCUACUACUGCGGAGCUUUACCCUUGGGCAUAUGGCUCGCUUUCCACGGUUGGGGUCUUGGAGGCCUAUGGGUGGGCCAAUGUAUCGCACUUUAUCUGGUCGGCUUUGCCGAAUGGGCAAUCGUUGCAUGGAGUAAUUGGGAUUACCAGGUGAAAAAGGCUUUUGAUAGGAUGGAUUCAGAUGACAGGGCAGAACAAGGUGUUCCAGAAGUCGACGCUCCUCACAAUUGA